GUGUGGCGAAGCAGUAGAGGUGGAUCAGAGGGAAUUCUCACCUUCUUAUCUGAGCAGGUCGUCUCAGCUGCCGUCUUAUUCUUUUUCUCCUUUGUAGGUCAGCAGCGAAGCUGGAGCUUUCUGGAGAUGUAUUUAUACCAGAGCUUUGGGAAUCUCAUGGAGGCAUGGGUGAACGAGGAGAGCGUUUCUCCACAGCGGCGGCUGCUUCAGACUGUGGAUGUUCUAGCACCCACAGCUGAUGUUGGACUAAGCCCGCGAUCAGAAUCUGUGGACUCUGGAGUAGAAUCCACCAGCUGUGGAACACCAAGUCCUGUCACCCUGUCUUCUGAUUUAACAGACAACACAGAAAUGGAUUCACUACUGUUACAAAGCGAAGGGCUCGCUUUAGCAUCAACACCCCAGUCUCCUGAACUCUCUUCUCCCUUGCUGUCAUCCUCCUCCUCUUCGUCCCCACAGCUGUGUCCCAGCAGAGCCGAGAAGGGGCCAUCUGCCUUGAACCUCAAAGUAGAAGAAGCCUUACGCAGGACUGCCUCAAACAGUCGAAGACGCGUGGAUGAGGUGUUCAUCCGCUUGCCUGGAUCAUCUUUGCUUCCCAAACGACACGCAUCAGAGCUGGCACGGUGUCCGAGGUCACAGAGCUUUGACAUGAGGAGGAGGUUUAACCCAUCUAUCCCUUUAAGACAAAUGACAGAAAUGCAGAAAUCGGAGGGCUUUAGAGUGAAGGAGGGAAAAGAACUGAGUCCUGGGCUCUUCUACCUAGAGCAGGUGUGUCAGAUGCUGGAAGAAGCUGCCAAACAGCAGAUGAGUAAAAAUGUGUUACAGAAAGACACGGAAGCGCUCUGGGAACACGUGGAACCUCAGGAAACUUGUCAGACUGACUUGUCGGCUAUUAACGAGGACCAGUUUCCAACUCAUACACUUGAAAAUGCUGAAAAUGUAGAGCUAAAUUCCAGCAAACCUCAGCCGCCAAAGUCCAGACAUUUUCGCCAAAGAUCAGCAUCAGACACGACAUUUGCAUUGCUGCAUUCCAAAAAGCUGAAUGCAAACCCCAGAGUGCAGCUGAUGAGCACAAGUAACCUGCUAGAAACCGUAGAGGAAGACCAUGUAAAACAGGAGAUAACAAAGGAGGGGUCGAGUAGAUCAUUUAAGAGCUGGAGGUCAAAGCUUGCAAAUCUAAGACGUUCGGAGUCCGAUGCAUCGGAGAUAAAAGGCCAAAAUAUGCAGUCACCUGAGAAAAAUGCAACCUGCAGACGGCUGAGCCAACUGUUCAGGAGGAAGAAAACCUAGCUUCGAUGAAUUGGAAGCCUUUUUCAGUGUUUCAACAUUUUUGGUUUAACAGAGGAAAAACUCUUCAAACUGACUCUGCUUUUGAAAGACGUCCCAUUGUCUCAUGAUGCAGCAGUCAGCAGAUUGGAUGAUAACUCAUGAUUAGACUCUUUUUUUGUCCAUCCAUCCAUCCAUCCAUCCAUUUUCUGUGCCCACUUAUCCAGGCAGGGUCGUGGUCUCCAGCAGUCUCUGGGCAUGCAGGUGAGGUACGUCCUCAUAGGGCAACACAGAGACACACAGGACAAUCAUGCACACACACUUACACCUUAGGAGAAUUCGGAGAGACUAAUUAAACUGACAGUCAUGCUUUUUUAACUACGGGAGGAAGCCGGAGUACCCGUAGAGAACCCACGCACAGGAAGACCCCAGGCCAGGAUGCAAACCCGGGACCUCCUUGCUGCAAGGCAACAGUGCUAGCCACUGCACCACUGUGAAGCCUCUUUUUUGUGAAAAUCUGAAAUUAACUGGAACACCUUAACUUGUUUUACUGUCACACAAAAUGCUAAAUGGUAAGAAUGUUGAAGUUCUUGUAGUUUUAUAUAGAAUUACAUCCAAACAUACUGCUUUUUAGAUUAUUGUUACGGUAGCCGUAACAGUUAUCCUGGUCUACACUAUUAAUGGUAAUUGUAGGAAAAAAAUCACAAUUUUUUUACCUUUUUUGUCUCACAAAAGAGCAAUAAGUAAGAAUGUUUCUGUGAAAUAAUAACAAAACAUUCUAAUGUUUCAGUCAUUUUGGAAGGACGAUUACAUUCAGAUUUCCUUCUGAGCCAGCUGGGGGCUUGUCAGUGUUUCUCCUUUAAAAAAGGCUGAAGAAGGACGUAGUCAAUUUUUACUAUCUGCCCCACCUCCAUACUUCCUGGUUCCAGAGCCAAUCAUGUGUGUCCGCAAGGCUGCCAAGUCUGCGCCAACAUUUGUAAUUCGACACCGACCGCCAAAGCAGCAGCGUUGGGAACAGAAUCUUAGUCAGUAAAAGGAGCAGGUCCAGAAGCAAAAGAAGGAAGGAAACGAUUUAAGCAAAAUAAGUAUUACAAAUUUUGUUUUACUCUAUUAUCUGUUUAAGAAUGCUAAAGGCUAACAUUGAGCUAACAAUUUGUUGUGUUUGUUUACUUAUGAAAUUAUUGUGCAUGUCAUCAUCUAGAAUGUUCUGGUGCUGAGCCGUAGCUGGCAACAGUUGUUCUGAGUGGAUUGUUGGUUUUGAUACUGCAGUACCCAAAUCUGACCACAGGAUGUCAGUCUUACUUCAUGCACCUUUAAAGGUUUCAGAUCACAAAAAUAUUUCAAUGUCAGACAAGCUUGAAUAAAUAUAAAAUGCAGUUGUCAAAUACUUGUUUUAAUGUAUCCAGACUAAGCUGUCCUAGAUGUGAAAAGCAGGUGACUUCAUUACUGUCAUUAAAACUCUCAGUUGACAAAAACUACAGUGAAGCAUUUGUGACGGGUGUAACUUGUGAAACUAAUCCCAGUUUUGUAAAUGUUGUGGUUAAUCCCAGGUAAUCAAUGAGAGAAAUGACUGUUUCUCAUCAGUACAGUUUGGUUUUGAUUGCUUUUAUCUAUGAAUGAUCAUUUGAAAUCGGCAUUUUGUAUUUAUUCAGUUUAUCAGUAAAUGCGACAUUUUCUGUUGAUUUAAAAACAUUUUUGUGUGACAAAAAGGAAUAACUGUUUUUGUGGGCAAUUAACCCUUUCAUGCAUUAAUUAUGAAAUCUUCAACCAUGUUUUUUUAACAAUUUUUUUCAUUCAUCUUUAGGUGUGAAUGAAACAAAUUUCAACAAAUUUCAGCAAAUAUUUUUUGUAACAUUUAAUAAUUUAUAAAUAAUUUAUUACAUGUCCACCUCAGUGGACAGCGUGCAUUCUGCACAUGAAAUAUGUUGGCUUGACUUACUGAAGUGCAAAUGGAGGGACUCAAAUGCAAUAAAGUCUUCAACAGCUGUGCUCAGUAGAAAAAAAAAUACAUUCUGAGUACCUGUCCACUGUAGUGACCAUUAUGCAUCAGAGGGUACAUUUUUUUGCAGCAUUGCAUCUUUAAAUUAUUUUAAAGGGUGAGGCACGCUAUGGAGUCUUCCUUCACCCACACAUCCUGUGAGGCAGUGAUUGACAGUUUAAUAAUGCACUAAGUAGCAUUAAGAAGAGGAACCUUGUUGUAAAGUUUUACCAGAAAAUGUUUUUUUUUAUCAUGAAAGAUAAAAAAUGGCAUCCCAGUUAGGGAUGAAGCAAUAUAUUAUGUUAUUUCUUUUCAUUAUAUGAAAUGUAGGCCUACAGACAGGCAUUUACAAGAAUUUACAGGUUUUUGUGUUUUUGUUGUUAAAAAUAAAUAAAUAACAGUCUU